AUGGUGUUUUGCAUUGCUAUGAUACAUGCGGGGAUUGGCGCUGCUUUGUUUGCGUUCUUGCUGUGGUCGCUGCCUGGCGCGAUUGGCAUGUACGCUCUUUCGCUUGGAGUGCAGAAGAUGCCUGAGAAAUUACCGCCCAUUGUGUACGCGUUGCUGAGUGGCAUGAAUGCGUCUACCGUUGGGAUCGUUGCAUUGGCCGCAGUACAACUAGCGGAGAAAGCGAUCAAAGACCGCAUCACGAGGAUUCUAGUAAUUUUCGGAGCAUGCGCUGGGUUGUGCUAUAACGCGCUCUGGUACUUUCCCGUGCUGAUAGUCAUUGGCGGAUUAGUAACGGUUGUGUGGGACGUCUGGCUGCACCAGAAAAUCGGCAAGCUCAGAGCUGGAUAUGCAGCAAAGAGGAGAAGAGCAAAAAACGAAGGUGGGGAUGCUGAAGAGACGACCGCAAGCCAAGUCGUCCCACCAGCGCAGGAGCUGCAAGUCAGACGCCCAGAAGCCGUGAAGCGCAAAGCACAUACUGGAAGCUCGACAGAUCGUAUUCUCCCUGUUGAGGAACACAGUGGUCCAAGUCAGUCUGAGCAACAUCGCAGCACAGAAGAAAUCACAGAGCUGGUACCAGUCGCCGACACCAGGACACACAAUCUCUCCGUUAAGAUCGGCAUUUCUCUCGUUGUGGGAUUCCUCCUGUCCUUCAUCGUCGUCAUGGUGAUUCGCGGUACUGUCGAUGCCCGGAGUCUAGCCUUCGACCUCUUCUCAAACAUGUACCUCGCGGGUACAAUCAUCUUCGGCGGCGGCCCCGUCGUCAUCCCUCUUCUGCGAACCUACGUCGUCGACCCAGGCUGGGUCUCGCCCCGAGACUUUCUCCUCGGUCUCGCCAUCAUCCAAGCCUUCCCUGGCCCGAAUUUCAAUUUCUCCGUCUACCUCGGUGCAUUGACAUUAGCUUCGACAAACGUGCCUACGAUAUUCGGCGCGCUGCUGGCUUUUGUGGCGAUCUUUUCUCCUGGGCUGAUUCUGGCUGUUGGUGUGCAGUCGAUUUGGCAGGCUUUGCGGACGAAAGCCUGGGUGCUGAGUUUGCUACGGGGCAUCAAUGCUACGGCGGUGGGGUUGGUGUUCACGGCUGUGUAUAGGCUGUGGGAGAUUGGGUACUUGACGCCGCAGAGCAGCGAUGGAAAGAGCCUUGCUGGUGAGCCUUGGUGGGUUGUGGUUGCCGCAGUCACGUAUGCAGAGACUGCUUGGUUUGGUGUACCGCCAGCUUUUGCCAUUUUGUUUGGAGCUGUUCUUGGGCUUGGGUGGUAUGGGAAUUGGAGAUUGAAUGACCUGCAGGAGACGGCAUUUGAUGUUGUACACGUAAACACCACCGAUGAAGGCAGUUCCACCGCGCCCAAUCCCCAAACCGAAGAUGGAGGCGACAUCGAGCGACAAACCAGCAAUGGCACCGCCUCGAAGCACCAAGGCCUGCCUGAAGUCCGGGCGCGCAUGAAAUACAUCUUCCCCGCGAUAGCCAUCGGCGUCUUCCUCACCGCCGCCGACACCACCCUCGUCGUCUCAACCUACGGCACCAUCGGAACCGACCUGCACGCGCUGUCCUCCACCUCCUGGGUCGCGACGAGUUACUUCCUCACGCUCGCCGCGCUGCAGCCUCUGUACGGAAAACUCAGUGAUAUCUUCGGGCGCAAGGAAUGUCUGUUGUUUGCGUACUUGGUCUUUGGCAUCGGGUCGACGCUAUGCGGUUUCGCGCGGACUAUGGGCGAGUUGAUCGCUGCAAGGGCAUUUGCGGGUGUCGGGGGAGGAGGCAUGUCCGUGUGUGUGAGUGUGUUGAUGAGUGAUAUUGUGGGGUUGAGGGAGAGGGGCACGUGGCAGGGGUACAUCAAUGUCAUGUAUGCGUCUGGAGCGGCUGCUGGUGCGCCUUUGGGAGGUUUGCUUGCGGAUUCAAUUGGUUGGAGAUGGGCAUUCAUAGCGCAGGGGCCGCUGUGCUUGCUCGCUUUCAUUGCUGUGGCGCUCGUACUGGAGCUGCCGAAGCAAGACCACGCGCAUUGGAAAGAGAAGGUUUUCAAGAUUGACUUCUUGGGGGCUGCGAUAUUGAUCGUUGCGGUUACUGGACUGCUUGUGGGGCUGGAUCGAGGCUCGAAUGGAGACUGGACGAGUCCGAUUACGAUCGCUGGACUUUGUACGACGCCGUUGUUUGUCGUCUUCAUUCUGGUCGAGAAGUAUGUUGCACGCAAUCCCUUUGCUCCGGGACGCAUCAUUCUAAAUAGGUCGCUUUUCGCAUGCUACCUUUGCAACUUCUUCUCCUUCGGCGGAUGGCUGGCAUCACUCUACUUCAUUCCUCUGUACUGGCAGGUCAUAGGCGACUAUAGUGCUGCUCGAGCUGGACUGCUGCUGGUUCCAAGCAUUUUCUGUGGCGUGAGCGGAUCGCUUGCCGGCGGCUUCUACAUGAAAAAGACUGGUAAUUACUACUGGAUCACCGUGAUUACAUACACAAACCUCACAUUCGGCCUCGCGCUGAUCCUCAUGACCGCCGGGACCAUUACGAGAAGCCUCCCUCUGAUGGUACUUGGCACAUGCAUCUGCUCCUUCAGCAAUGGCUGUGGAGUGACCACAACUCUCAUCGGUCUGAUUGCCAACGCCUCGCACGCAGACCAAGCGGUUGCAACAGCAUGUAGCUACCUCUUCCGUUCUCUCGGAUCCGUCUUCGGCAUUUCCAUGUGCGCAACAGCCUUCAACCAAACAUUGCGGAGGUCGUUACAAACUGCUCUGCACGGCGACAAAGAUGCAGCAGAGAUCGCAGAGCGUGUUAGAGAAGGCCUGUCGUACUUCAGAAGUCUGGAACCACAUCUACGCGACAUUGUGAGGGAAUGUUAUAGCCAGGCUACGCGUGCGGCUUUGGGCGUUGGCCUCAGUCUCGUGAUGUGGUGUGCUGUGUUUGCAUGGUUCAUCCGAGAGAAGAAGCUUGGGGGGUGA